AUGGACACCAGCUUCUUCGCGGUGUACGACGGCCACAGCGGGGCGCGGGUGGCAGAGGCGUGCAGGGAGGGGAUGCACGUGGUGCUCGUGGAGGAGGUGGGAAUGCGCCGACGUGUCAGGAGCGACGUGCGCUGGAAGGUGGCGAUGGCGGCCAGCUUCGCCAAGGUGGACAACGAGGUCACCAGCUACUUCGCCCAGGCCAAGGCCAACAUUGACACCGAGUCGCCCUUCCUGAUCGUGGGCUCCACCGCCGUGGUGGCCAUUCCUGGGGCACCACCGCAUAAUCGUCACCAACUGUGGCAACUAGCAUGCCAUCCUCUCCCACGGUGA